UUAAGGUCUCACGUGACCGGCUCUAUAAAAACAACUAGUUCAUAAUAGACGAUUGCACAAAAAGCUCUUUUUAUCAACAGAAUAACCAGCAAAAAGAAGCAAAAUGAGCGAAUUGCCCCCUGAUUUUUUAAACCAAGUACUUCAACCAAAUCCAGCGGAUAAUCCAUUAGAUGAAAUACUUUGUCCAAACCCAGUGGUUAAUCCAGUUCCAUUAGAUCAAAUACUUCGUCCAAACCCAGUGGUUAAUCCAGUUCCAUUAGAUGAAAUACUUUGUCCAAACCCAGUGGUUAAUCCAGUUCCAUUAGAUCAAAUACUUCGUCCAAACCCAGUGGUUAAUCCAGUGGUUAAUCCAGUUCCAUUAGAUCAAAUACUUCGUCCAAACCCAGUGGUUAAUCCAGUUCCAUUAGAUCAAAUACUUCGUCCAAACCCAGUGGUUAAUCCAGUUCCAUUAGAUCAAAUACUUCGUCCAAACCCAGUGGUUAAUCCAGUUCCAUUAGAUCAAAUACUUCGUCCAAACCCAGUGGUUAAUCCAGUUCCAUUAGAUCAAAUACUUCGUCCAAACCCAGUGGUUAAUCCAGUUCCAUUAGAUCAAAUACUUCAUCCAAACCCAGUGGUUAAUCCAGUUCCAAUAUUUCCAAACCUAAGUUCUGGAGAUGGUGACACAGGAGGUGGACAUAACUGGCUUAUGGAUAAAUAAAGACACUUUUGUUACUGUUGCUGUAUUGCUGCUUUCAUGUAUAUUAAAUAAAGACACUUUUGUUACUGUUGCUGCAUUGCUGCUUUCUUGUAUAUUAAAUAAAGACAAAUGCUGCUUUCUUGUAUAUUAAUGCUGUUUUUUAAGUUAUAAUAAAUAAA